UCUCUCCUCAUCCGCCCAUCAUGGCAUCCUUGGGGCCUUCCGUGCCCUUGCUGCGAAGCUUGUCUCCCCGGCUAUCGAGGGAGCUCUUCACCUGCCGCCAAUGUUUGGUCCGCACUCAGAAUCACGCGACUAAAUCCGCCUUCCGCAGACAAUUCUCCGCCCUGCCCUUCACCCAGAACGCCAACAGCAGAGCCAACUCUGCCCUGCAGUCGAGGGCCAGAAAGCUUUUUGCGUCUAGCCUGAAAAGAAGUGCUUCCGGAUCAGCAACGGCGGAGGCAAUUGCUGCCCAGGGAGAAGCCGCGAAAGCCAAAUCUAGCUUCCCGGAUGUGAGCGAUAAGAAAGUGGCCUACUGGCUACUGGCCAGCGCGGCCAGCGUGUUUGGCAUUGUAGUUUUUGGCGGCCUUACCAGGUUGACUGAAUCAGGUCUGAGUAUCACCGAAUGGCGCCCUGUCACCGGAUCCCUUCCCCCCAUGAACGCCGAAGACUGGGAGUCAGAAUUCUCCAAGUACCGUGCCUCCCCCGAAUUUCAGCUUUUGAACCCGCAUAUGACCCUCUCCGAAUUCAAGUCGAUUUACUACAUGGAAUGGAUCCACCGUCUCUGGGGCCGCUUUGUCGGCUUGUCGUUCGUCCUCCCGGCCGCAUAUUUCGUUGCUGCGAAAAAGGUUAGCAAGCCUAUGGCUCUGCGUCUCGCUGGUAUCGCAGGCUUGAUCGGAUUCCAAGGUUUUAUCGGCUGGUGGAUGGUCAAGUCUGGCCUGAAGGAUGAUCUUUUCGCUCCCGGCAGCCACCCUCGUGUCAGCCAGUACCGUCUGACAGCGCAUCUGGGUGCGGCUUUCGUCUGCUAUACUGCUAUGCUCUGGAACGGACUUGCUAUCCUGCGCUCCCACCGAUUGCUCGCCGACCCGGAAGCUGGAAUCAAGCUUCUUGACGCGCUCCGUGACCCUAAGCUCAAGAUCUUCCGUCGCUCCGUCGCCGCUUUGGCUGCAUUGGUUUUCGUGACUGCCAUGUCGGGUGCCCUGGUCGCUGGCCUGGAUGCUGGUCUCAUCUAUAACGAGUUCCCAUUUAUGGGUAAUGGCCUGGCUCCUCCUAAGUCUGAAUUGUUUGAUGAACGGUACUCUCGCCACGAGGACAGAUCAGACCUGUGGUGGAGAAACAUGCUGGAGAAUCCUUCCCUGGUGCAACUGGACCACCGCGCUCUGGCCAUAACUACCUUCACGAGCAUCAUGGCUCUGUUGGCCUACACUCGCGGAUCCCCCACCAUGAAACGCCUUUUGCCCCCCGCUGCGAAGAAGGGUGUCCACGGUGUGGUCGCUUUCGCUUGCAUGCAGGUUGGUCUGGGUAUCUCGACGCUUCUUUACCUUGUUCCCACGCCUUUGGCCUCUGCCCACCAGGCGGGCAGUCUUUUCCUUCUUACCUGGGUGCUUGUCCUGGGAAGCCGUAUCUGGCACCCGUCUAGGACGGCUAAGCUGCUUCAGAUGGCAGCCAAGGCCCGUGGACAGGCUCUCACCAAUGCCGCGGCCCAUGCGCCCCGGAGGGUAUAAGGGCCAAAUAUGACGAACAGACAGGAGUUCUGGACUACAUCCUACAUGUAUUAUACUGCCACGGAGUGGCCCUGUAUGUCUACUAAAAUCUCUACUUCACGUAUUUGUAUAAUAUGAUCACGUGCCACUGAA